AUGCCGGAGGCAACCGAUCCAAAAGAGCCAUGGAUGACGGCGCUUUACGAUCAUUACAUCAUCUGCGAAAGCGGCAGCGCUGAGCACGACCUUGGGGUGAUGGUGCAGAACCUGCUUCUAUCAGACGACCCCAAGGCUCCGCACGAGACAGCACUUGCCAUCACCCAAUAUUUCUGGGACGGCCGGGCUGACGAGAGCCGGGAAUAUCCGUAUUUUAACUAUGAGAAAGAAGGCUGGCCGCACCUCAGCGAUCUUGUCGAGAAAAUGAUUAUCGGCCUCUCCUGGUUUAUUCCAUUCAAUGAUACAAAGCAAGAUAAGCUUAUUCGGCUCAUAGUAGAGCUGUAUAAUAUCCCGCCGUUGGAGGAACCGAUUGCAGGAAUGGACCGCUUUGUGUACCCCGAGGACGAAUCAUUCUACUUAGAGAUGUAUGAUCAAUGGUAUGAUGAUAAGACAAAUAUCUUUGAGGAGAUUUGUUUUAGUAAAAAAUCCGAGGUGAAAGAGCAGUGUUCCCAGCUGGUAAACUUCACGGCCUUUCUCGCACGCGCCACUGCAGCAGAAAUCUCUCGCGAGGACAACACUUUCGGCAAGUUUGCUACGUAUGACGUCAGAGAUUGUUUGGAGGAGGGCAUACCUCCUGGAGCAAUGGACUACCAACAUAUCCUUCCGGAGGGUAUUCGACGCGAUACCAGUGUCAUGAUGGCCGCACAGUAUUUUAUACUGGCCACAGAUGUCCUCGAUCGCUUCAUGGUUUUUGAAGGAUCUGAGAGAAACCGAGCAUGGGGCCGGUUCAAAUGGACGUUCUGGGCGGGCACAUUUGGCGAUCUUGCUCGCGGGGAGCGAGGGGAACUGGGAGCAGAUGCCCGGCGGGAGGCGUUUAAGGCGCACCAGAAGAUGGUCGCUCUUCACCCGGAAUUCUUCUCGGCUUUCGAGGUGCAGAGGGCGGCUGGCGAGCUGGUGCUGUGA